AUGGAUGCUCAAAGUCUGGUUUCAUUUUCACCGCCUAGCAUGUUACUUACCGGUUUAAUUGUGGUUUUAAUGUAUAUUAUUUACAGGUUAACUAAACCUCGAUAUGAAAAGAAUUUUCCUCCUCUACGACGAGGCUUGGUGCCAUGGCUUGGAUGUGCUUUUGAGUUUGGUGUUGAACCACUUUCUUUCAUUGAUAAGAUGAGACAAAAGAUGGGCACUGUUUACACCCUGUAUGUGGCAGGAGAACGUCUCACUUUUCUCACUGAUGCAGAUGAUUUUCACCACUUUUUCCAGUCAGCGAAUGUAGAUUUUCAGAAAGCAGUGCAGGAUCCAGUGCAGAAUAUAGCAUCAGUAAGUGAAGAGUCCUUUUUUCAGUUCCACACAAAGAUUCAUGACAUGGUUAAAGGGAGAUUGGCAUCUUCACGCCUUGUACAUUUCCACGAUGACCUUUGUGAAGGAUUUAACAAGGAGAUUGCAGCUGCUGUGUCAGUGAAAGGUCCCUGUAACCUCCAUGAUGUGGUCAGAAAGUCCAUGUAUAUUGCUGUCAUUAAUAACUUGUUUGGACCUGGAGUCCUUCCUACCACAAACCCGGCAAAAUUCAAGGAAUUGGAAAAGAACUUUGUCUUGUUUGAUGAGUUGUUUGAGUAUGGAGCACGGCUACCUACCUUUAUGAUUAGGGAUUGGACCUCCUCAAAAUGGUGGUUGAUUGGGAUGUUUAAAGAUUUAUACAAAGGUAUCAAGAACAAGGAAAGAAGUGAAAAUGAGACAAUAUUACAGACACUCCUGAACCUGGUGGAUGAUAAACAUGCCCCUAAUUAUGCCUUGCUGUUUUUGUGGGCAUCUCUGGCUAACGCUGUCCCUAUAACUUUUUGGUGCCUAGUUUUUAUCCUAUCAGAUCAGAAAGUUUGGUCAGAAUUGAAAAAGGAAAUAUCAUCUACCUUAGGAACUGAGCGGAAUGGUCAGAUCAAAAUCACAGAAAAGCAAAUCAGGGAUAUGCCAUUCCUUCGGUCUUGUGUCCUUGAGGCCAUACGACUGCGACCUGCUGGUAUUAUUACCAGACGUGUUGUUAAGGCUUUCAAAAUAAAGGAAAUGGAGAUACCUGCGGGUGACAUGUUGAUGCUGUCUCCAUAUUGGGCCCAUCGCAACCCAAAAUAUUUUUCUGAUUGUGAAGAAUUCAGACCAGAUAGAUGGAAAGAUGCUGACCUGGAAAAAAAUCUGUUUUUAGAUGGAUUUGUGGCAUUUGGUGGUGGAAGAUACCAGUGUCCAGGAAGAUGGUAUGCCCAGAUGGAGAUUCAGAUGUAUGUGGCUCUCUUUCUACAAAAAGUGGAUUGUACUGUGCUAACUGAUCAUAUCCCACCACCAAGCACAAAGCAUUUGGUGGGAACACAGCAGCCCGCAGAGCCAUUCCUCGUGGACCUAAAACAGACUUUUUGAACAGAUAAAUGUUCUAGAACAGCCAUUCUAUUUCGAACAACAAUAACCAGAAGGAACACCCAGGAUUCUACUCUUUUCUUCAAGCCAUAAUAC